AUUUUUGCCAUCCAAACAACAAUUACUAACUCCGAAACAAACUUUAUGAAUGUUUUGGACUGAAUUUAAUCAAAUAACAAAUUGUUUUGUGGCGGUAUUUAAGUUAAAUUCAAUGUAUUUUAUCAUUAUACAUAAAUGGAACUGAUUUGAAUUGUUUAUCAAACUUAAUUAUGGAUGUACAAACUUCUCAUUUGGCCGCGGCUUUAAUGUCCACAGCUAGCACAUAUAAUAACAAUGUUACAACUUCAGAAACAAUAACGACCGGGUCUAAUAGCGGACAAGAUGAAAACAAAAAUGAAAAGCCAAUUGAAACAAACAAAGAGCCUUGUGAAGAUGAGAAAGAUGAGACUGGUACUGGAGAUGAAUUUUCAGACGAGGAAUCAGAAGCCCAGCCUGGUAAUAAGUCUAUGCCUGGAAGAGGAGUAACACUACAAAUGCUUAUGGACGAAAAAAUGUUAGUUCCUGGUAUUGCUGCUAUGACUAUUGAAUAUUUGGGACAAAAAUUUGUAGGUGAUUUGCAGGCAGAUGGUAAAAUAAAAUCCCAUGAAACCGAAACCAUUUUUUGUUCACCCUCUGCAUGGGCAAUUCAUUGUAAAAGAAUAAUAAAUCCCGACAAGAGAUCGGGAUGUGGCUGGGCAUCGGUUAAAUACAAAGGGAAGAAACUGGACACUAUUAAAGCUACGUAUCUUCGAAGGAAGCAACUUCAGAGGGAAAAUAUGCAUUCUGAUGAAGAGAAUGAAAUGGAAGUUGAAAGUCCGCCAGAGCCUCCUCCACAAAGGGUUGUUAUGAAACACAACACUGUUCCUAACAGGAUGAUGCAACAUGAUGCCAAUAUGUUGAUUGAAGCUGUAUCAUUUUCCACUGCUGGCAAAGUUCAGCCAUUCUUAGUGUCAGUAAGUUCCAAUGCCUCUCUAGUCCUUGAUCUUCAUUGUCAUUUGAAAAAGGAAGAAGUUCAUGGUUAUUUAGCCGGAACAUGGGAUUUGAACAGUCAUACUGUGAUGAUUACUCACACAUUUCCCUGCUUGAAAAGUAAAAAUGAUCCAAGACCUAAAGUGUUGAUUGAACUCGAAAUCCAUAUGGAAAUGGAAAGACUUGGACUGACAUUAUUGGGGUGGUAUCACUCUCAUCCAACAAAUCCUGCCAUGCCAAGUCUUAGAGACUGUGACAAUCAACUUGAAUAUCAGAUUAAAAUGAGGGGUCCAUCUGAAAUAUCUUAUGUACCAUGCAUUGGUGUAAUAUGUUCUCCUUAUAAUCCAGAAAGUCCAGUUUUAGAAUCGUCUUUAACAUUCUUUUGGGUGAUGCCGCCGCCAGAACAGAGACCCACAGAAUAUCCUCGGCCUCUCUUUCUCCAAUACAAUAUGGUUCAUGACACUCACUUGUCACCACAUGCAAUGGAACAGAUUAAAAAAACAAUCAAGUAUUACUUUAAUUAUGCAGAUGAAACUUUCAUUAAGUUUAAAGAUAAUUACAAACCCGAUAUAACAUACUUAGACAAGUUGAAGUCUACUUUGACACCGAAAUUUCCUCGAGAGCAAAGUGAUGGAUUGUUGUGGCAUUUUAUUCGUGAUGAGUUGGGUUGUUCGUCGGAACAAGAUGAGAAAAUAGACUUGGACGCUCUUUUAGCUGUUCCCCAACAGGUCCCGCCACCAAAAACUACGCAAUCCACAUCGAUGCCUAAUUUCCCUUCAGUUAGUACUCUCCAGCAAAUGGUUAGCCGGCCAGCCGGUGUCCCUCCCAUAAACGUGUCAUCGGGCAUAGGUUCAAUAUCUCCUCAUAAGUUUGAAACUCCUCAAUUAAAUAUUCCUGUAUUACCGACAUCGUCGAAAUCAUCUAAAUCGAGCACGUCUUCAUUGUCAUCUGCGUACCCCACGGGCUUAGACAUGUUGACGAGCAUGGCUUUAGGAUUAGGGUCUGCGAAUAUGCCCCUUCCUUUAGGAGCCGGUAGUUUAGAAAGCUUAGCCGCAGCCAAUAGUAUGCUAACAGGACUUACACCAGGACUAUCAUCAAAUUUAGCAGCGAGUCUAUCAAGUACCAAAUUGUCGGAUCCACCAUCUUAUGCUGCGUCUUUACAAAAUUUAACAAGCAUGGCAGCCUAUGAGAAAACUUCCACUAGUACUUCAACAAGUAAUACGACUUCGACGGCACCGAUCCCAGCCAGUAUCGCUUCUAGCCUCAUGAUGAGUUCCGCAGAUAUUGCCAAUGCUUUAUUUUCGGCGAGCAAAUAUUCCAGUGCCGGUAUACUAGGCAUACCAGAUCCGAUGUCUAAGUCGACUUUAGCCGCCAAUAAUAUGUUUCUGACGCCAUCUUUGUUAAAAAUGCAGGAGUCUCUUUUAAAACCUCUCGCUAAUAGCAGUCCCAUUUCUUCUAAAGUUGGUUUAGAUCAGAAUGUGUUAAUGAAAUCUCCGCAUGACUUGUUAAAGGGCAGUAAGGAUUAUUUACCACCCGAUUUUGGCAGUAUCGGAAAAGGUAAAAUGGAAAGUUCGUUGGAUACAGGAAAACAUACUGAGAGUUCGUCGAAAGCUGAUUCUUCUAAGCCUAUCGCUUUAACAUCGGAUACAGCAACUGAUUUUAGUAUGCCGUCGCGUGUUUGUGGGGAAUCAUUUUUGAAUCAAAUGUUAGAGUUGACUAAAAAGACUACAAUGCCAGAUUACAUGUCUGAUUAUAAUCAGCCAUUAAAAUUGACAGAAGAAGAAAUUUCGACUGUUUCACAAUCCAGUCAUUCCUAUCCAAAUACAUCUAGUAUUGUAGAUACCAUUGCGCAGGUAGCAAUGGGAAAUUAUUCCAAGAUGGAUGAGGUUAUGGAUUACACUAAAGGCCAAGAUUAUAGCACAUCUAAAAACUCUUCGAAUGAAAAUGAAAAUUAGGAUAACUCAUCA